CUCGGGUAACGGCUGGCACGCCUAGGUUUGGUGCACACAGGAAUUUUUGAGAAAGUGUGGACAAAAAUCCAUCAUCCCGGAAUCCCCUCCAACGACUUGACAAGCAAGACGACACUGAUUGAGCCUCACCUCGGUAAUUUUCAUCAACCACUCAAUCUACACCUGUCACCAUGUCCGCGUCCGUUGAAUCCCCGUCGUGGCGAACCGUCGAGGUCGGCCGCCUCGUCCUCAUCAACAACGGCCCCUUUGCCGGCCGGAUCGCCGCCAUUGUCGAGAUCAUCUCCGAGAAGCGCGUUCUGGUUGAUGGACCCAGCUCUGAUGAGAAGCUCGUCGUACCUAAGGGACCUAUCGCCCUAUCUGAUGUGUUCCUCACCGACCUCAGCCUCGAGAUACCCCGUGCUCUUCGAACCAGCACACUAAAGACUUUCUGGGAGAAGGGCGAGAUCGACAAGAAGUGGUUGGCCAGCAAGUGGGCUCAGCGUGCCCAGCGGACGGAGCGCAGGAAAGCCCUGACCGACUUCCAGCGCUUCCAGCUCCUCCGUGCCAAGAAGCAGCAGAGAUACGAGGUCCGCAAGGCCCUUGCUAAGGUCAAGGCCGCGGCAUAGAUUCUGGAAGAUCAGAAGGGGACGACGCUCGAUUCCGAUGGAAGUUUAAAAGUCUCUCGUAAUGAGAGCGGUUUCGGUCUGCAUGGCACAUAGGCACGGGGUUUGAUGGAUUCCUUUUGCUGCAUAGUCUGGCAAGACCUGUAUUGUCACACACAAAACUUAUUUCUGAGGUGACCGGCGUCAAUGAUUACGGACAAUUACAAGCAUUCUCUUGGUGAUGU